CUUGACAUUGGUAAAUCCUCUAUCGCGAGCGUAAUGGGGAAUACCGAGUGGCUUUCAUGCUGAUGUGAUUGACCCCUGCGAAUACUGGGAAGCCCGUUAACCUAAACAGCCUUCCUGUGCUGCUGCGUGUGCCAGGCCCUGCUAUGGUGAGGUGUGUUAGCGAUGACGGAUGUGGAGGCGACCUAUGAGGACUUCAUCGCCUCUCGGCGGUCCGGCCGCAGGAACGCCAUCCACGACAUCCCAGCAGGCGCUGGGGUGGAAGGAUCCGCUGACCUGUCACAGAGUCUGGCACAGCUCAACAUCAACAAGUCAGGAGAUGAGGGAGAAAACACCGACAAAAGCCAGGACUGUCCAGCUAAAGAAGAAGAGACUCAAGCUGAGGGCAGCUAAACUGACUUUUGUGGACUCAAACAACCGCUUCCUCUCGUCCACCUGAUCCCUGAACCCUAAACCUGCUGCAUCUAAUGACUGUGAGCAACAGACACGGUAAAAUCUCCCACUGCCCUGGUCCCGCCACGAGGACAUCGUCGCUAUGGCAACCACAGCGCAGUUUUCCUUUCUUACUUGGGUGUGUUCCAACUUCCUUAAAAGGCCUCCUUUCCUUGCUGCCUUUCCUUCAUGGCUGCUGACGUGAGAUUGGACGUGACGUAUGGUGAACGCGGCGUGAUGUCGACAACCAGAAAGCAGCUCUGUUUGACUGUGGGUGGUCCCGAUGGGACAGGAGAGAAUGGAAAAGAGGCCAUUCAAGGUUUGUGGGGCAGGCGCAAGUGUUUCCACUCUCUUCCCUCCGCGCCUUGAAGCAAUCACAAGUGAUGUGGCUGAAAUACUUCCAGGGAACUGAGGGCAGUGAUCGGACACCUACUCCUUGUUUGUUUGUUUAUCCAUGUCAGGUGAUAUCUCGGACACCACAGACUCAAUUUGAAAGAUUUGUGGGUAAAUAAUGUUGCAAUCUGGCACUUUUGAUAUUACAUUACUUGCUUAGACAGGUCAAAACACAGGACAUACAGCAGUUAGGAACAAUACUGAGCUGCUCUUUCAUUCUGUCAACACGAUAAAGGCAAAAGCUUAAAACAGUACCCCUGUCUGGCUUCCCUGUUUCUUGCUUUGUUUUGCACACUGACCCAUAAUCUCCCAAAUAAUCACGAGCCCUUUUUGUGCCCACUGCCAGGCCUCACAGGUGCAGCCAGUAUGUGCUAGACAAUGCAUCUCCCUGAAUGCGUCAUUUUAGAUUCUUUUUAUAUUCAAAAUUUUGUAAAGGUUGUACAAAAGGUUGUACUCUAGAUCUUUGCGUAUACAUGGAGAAUUAUUGUCUGAUAUUCAGUAUGUUAAAAUGCACCUCACCUAUGGUUUCCCUACCUUUGACUUUGACUGUGUGAGCAUUUUCUAACUUUGUAUGCAGUUAGCCGUUAACUUCAAAUAUUCAUUGUGAGAUGUUGCAGUCAGUCGGAUGGUUGCUAAUAGCUUUGGAUUACAGUGUUGAAAUACGGUUCUGCCCUUACACGUCUCAUGUUUGGUUACUCAGUGUAUUCAUAUUUCCUCAUCCCUCUCAUUGCCUGUGGCUGCUCUGUGGAGAGACAUCAGGUGUUUCUCAAAGUCAAGGAAGGAUCAUUAAAUGGCUGAACUUCAAGGAUGCUACGUCAUCACAUCCCGCCUAAGGACUGUUCCGAUGUCAAGGAUCCUUCAAAUUCUACAGAGGAGUCCUUCAUUUAGAGAAUUUUAAAGGAUGCAUGUGUGUAUCCUCAGCAGGUAUAAAGUACCCACAAUUCUUUGCGCACAAUUUGCUGGAAGUGAAGGUUGGGUCUCUUCAAUGAAGACUUUGACUUGACUUUGAGAAACACCCAUCGGUCUUGUAGUAUGUGAUGGUGAUGGUGCAGUUUUCUACAUACUAAAUACAAAAAUUGUCCAUAUUAUAGUAUGUUCUUUUUACCCCAGAUCAAUACACUGCCAUUUAGCACAUCUGAGAGUGUGUGUGUGUGUUUAAAGUAUGACUUGUUUGACGCUGGAUGUUGAGAUCAAGAAUUUAUUUGCUGCUGGAGAUGCAAAAAGUCACAGCACUGAUUGCAAUCAAGUGUGUUUUAUUUAAUGUAUUAUAUUCAUCUGAGGUUUGUAUUUGUCCGUGUUCUGGGGCGUCUGGUAGAAUGAUGAUUGUUGUGAUUGGACAGACUACCUGUGAUAUUUGCAUUUCCCGUUUCUCUGAUGAGUCAACCCUUCAUUUUCAGAGAGAAUCAACCCUCUCAGUACUUUUCCUGUAGCUAUGACACACUGCCUUUUUCUGUUGUACCACUCAAACAUGUAGAUGUGCACUCUGAAACUUUCUAUUUUGAACUUGUGUGACUGUGUGAUGAUAUCACUUGUUUGUCUUGGCUGGUUUUAUGAAAUUUUAAGAAAAUAAAUGACUUGUUAAAAGGGCAUUUUUACAUUGUAUUUACAGGUCAGGUAGAAUGUGAUUUAAUGACCAGUACUGUUGCACUGUAGGUGACCUCGGGCACCCAUAAUCAUGCUGUAUUUUCCAUGUUGUUCAUUCAUGAGUCAUGUGUGUUGUCACUGACUUUACUGUGUAAUGCCCUCAUAUUUGAUUUUGUUGUCUUUGUUAGU